AUGUCUACUGGAAAAUCUCAAGUCAAAGGUGGUGUCCUGCUUGUUGGCAGUGUACCUGGCACAGACACUGAAGAUGUACUGCGAAGAAUGGCUCCGGCUCUUGGAAGCCGUCUGAAGUACAUUCCCGAUGGCGAGACAGGCCAACGCAAUUUCUUCAUCGGCUGGCAGAUGUACAAAUUUGGCGCUUAUCCAGAGGUUAUCAGUCAAUUCGGUCAGAAUGGCAAGUUUGAGGAUACUCCAGUGCCAGAGGAGAAAAUCAGAGAGGCAGCUGAGAAGCUCGAGGGCUUGUCAACCGAUUACGACACUGCAGCUCUCGAGUCGUAUCCAGUGUUCAAGAAGUUGAAGGAGGAAGGAGUGAUUCCCAAGGAAGUCAAGUUCCAGGUCUGCUUACCUUCGCCGUUGACCUUUGUGUCACCUUUCAUCGUGGGCGACUACAAGACAGCAAUCGAGCCCGUCUACGAGCGUGCCAUCCUUCGCGCUUUGGACAAUAUCAGCAAGAACAUCCCUGAGCAGGAGUUGGCCAUUCAAUGGGAUGUGCCUCUUGAGUUUGCUCUGCUCGAGGGUGUCUGGGUACAGCCUUGGUUCUCUCCUCUCAAGCAAGGCAUCUUGGAUCGCUGGGUUAAGUUGACUGCAGCCGUCAGCCCAGCUAUCGACAUGGGCUUCCAUUUCUGCUACGGUGAUAUUGGUCACCAGCAUUUCACUCAGCCAAAGGAUAUGGGUUUCAUGGUCGACAUGGCAAAGGAGCUUCUGGGUCAAACCAAAAGACGUGUUGGUUACAUCCACAUGCCAGUGCCCAAGGACAGAGAUGAUGCAGCAUAUUUUGCUUCGCUAAAGGAUCUGCAGGCAGUCAGGGGUGAGACAGACAUCUAUCUCGGUCUUGUUCACACUGAUGAUAUGGAAGGCACUCAGCGUAGAAUCAAGGCUGCUUCUGAGGUGCUCAAUGAUUUUGGCGUCGCAACUGAAUGUGGAUGGGGUAGAACGUCGCCAGAGGAGAUUGACUCGAUUGUGCAGAUUUUAAAUGCUGUCUCGGAGACAAACGCAUAG